AAAGAAAAAAGUCAACAGUCAAGCGAGAGACAAUGAAAAGCAAUUAUUACAGAAAAGCAAUUAUUACAGACAGUCGUUGUGUUAGUAUUUGACCUCUUUGUAUGAGAACGCAGAGUACAAUUUACUUAUAGAAGAAAAUUGUAUACGAUGGUUCUUGUCGAACGUCUGAAUUUAUUUGGGCAAGUUAAAGCAGCUAGUAAGCUAGCUAACGUUAGCAAGUUCUUGAUAUUUCAUAUUUACCUAGCCAUUAAGUUAGCUAGUAGUAAGGACCAACCCCUGUGUUGCAUUAGCUAAUUGAGACGGAUAUAUAAGGUUCGUUAUAUUACUCAGACUCUCCUUAUCAUACCCACUGCGUAGGUGGUAUUGUAGAGUGAACUGGGAGUGUCAAGUGUGUCGACAUCAUCAGAUACCCGGCCGAGAGUCGACAAUCGUCAUUAUACAUUAACGAGGACGACGAGCUACCAGUAGUAACAUAUAGUUAGUCAGUCUCUGUAAGUAAAAACAAAGUCGUUAGGAUAUCCUAAAACCUGCCAAAGUCGUUUUUUUUAGCUAAAGCUUUGAAAUGGCUUUGGCUGACCAAAGCCAGCAGUGGUAUCCCACAAGCGUACAGGUAACGGUGUUCCAAGCCAGGAAUUUGAGGAUCAAAGGCAAGAAUGGAACCAACGAUGCCUAUGCCAUCAUGCAGGUGGCCAAAGACAAGUUUUCUACCUCGGUUGCCGAAAAAUGUGUCGCACCGGUAUGGAAGGAAGAGGCAACGUUUGACCUGCCACUGUUCCACCAUGGCAAUGCUGAACGCUGCACUCUGUAUAUCAUCGUAAUGCACCGAGCUCUGGUGGGACUGGACAAGUUCCUGGGACAAGCUGUGGUCAACCUACUGGAGCUAAACGAUAACAGUGCCCGGAAAAGGACUGAGUAAGUAACUAAUGUUGAAUAAAGAUAAAGGAUCUGUGUGUAUGGAUUGUGAUUAUUUUUUUUUCUUUCUAAUUCUCCACCGAGAGGGGGUUCUUCAUGUAGCCAGAAUGGUAUUAGUGAUAGGAAUGUCUCUUCUGCUCUGUUAGGUGUCACCAUUGAUGAAUUUCACUGACAUAGCAGAGAUGAAAUUCCAUUACGUUUGUCAGGUUUAUCUGAAGACUGAUAAAUAUCUAUUGUACUCUACAGCCAUCAACCUCUGCACAUGUUUACACACCUAAAGCACACACAGAGAAGGCCAUUCCAGAUCCCUUAUCAGUAGCUCAGUGGGACAACCGAAACCAUGGAGCUGGUUGGGAAAACGAUCUGAUUAUGUUGGGUGAGGUCACGCUUCCUCUGCUUUCUUGUCAGACUGUAGCUUUAGGCUGUGAAUACUUGAGCUAAUACCCUAACCAUAUCUCCCCUUUUAGUAAAUAGUAAAUAUAAUGGCGCCGGAAAAGAUGGCUGCCGUAAGACUUUUAAGCAGGUCAACAUUCACAAGGCCGCAGGGCCAGACGGAUUACCAGGACGUGUACUCCGAGCAUGUGCUGACCAACUGGCAAGUGUCUUCACUGACAUUUUCAACAUGUCCCUGACUGAGUCUGUAAUACCAACAUGUUUCAAGCAGACCACCAUAGUGCCCAAGGACACUAAGAUAACCUGCCUAAAUGACUACCAACCCGUAGCGCUGACGUCUGUAGCCAUGAAGUGCUUUGAAAGGCUGGUCAUGGCUCACAUCAACACCCUUAUCCCAGAAUCCCUAGACCCACUCCAAUUUGCAUACCGCCCCAACAGAUCCACAGAUGAUGCAAUCUCUAUUGCACUCCACACUGUCCUUUCCCACCUGGACAAGAGGAACACCUACGUGAGAAUGCUGUUCAUUGACUACAGCUCAGCGUUCAACACCAUAGUGCCCUCAAAGCUCAUCACUAAGCUAAGGAUCCUGGGACUAAACACCUCCCUCUGCAACUGGAUCCUGGACUUCCUGACGGGCCACCCCCAGGUGGUAGGGGUAGGUAACAACACAUCUGCCACGCUGAUCCUCAACACGGGGGCCCCUCAGGGGUGCGUGCUCAGUCUCCUCCUGUACUCCCUGUUCACCCAUGGCUGCAUGGCCAGGCACGACUCCAACACCAUCAUUAAGUUUGCUGAGGACACAACAUUGGGAGGCCUGAUCAAUGACGAAACAGCCAAUAGGGAGGAGGUCAGAGACCUGGUUGUGUGGUGCCAAGAUCACAACCUCUCCCUCAACGUGAUCAAGACAAAGUAGAUGAUUGGACUACGGAAAAAGAGGACCGAACACGCCCCCAUUCUCAUCGACGGGGCUGUAGUGGAACAGGUUGAGAGCUUCACCAACAAACUAACAUGGUCCAAACAUACCAAGACAGUCGUGAAGAGGGCACAACAAAGCCUAUUUCCCCCUCAGGAGACUGAAAAGAUUUGGCAUGGGUCCUCAGAUCCUCAAAGUGUUACAGCUGCACCAUCGAGAGCAUCCUGACUGGUUGCAUCACCGCCUGGUAUGGCAACUGCUCGUCCUCCGACCGCAAGGCACUACAGAAGGUAGUGCGUACGGCCCAGUACAUUACUGGGGCCAAGCUUCCUGCCAUUCAGGACCUCUAUACCAGGCGGUGUCAGAGGAAGGCCCUAAAAAUGGUCAAAGACUCCAGCCACCCUAGUCAUAGACUGUUCUCUCUGCUUCCGCACGGCAUGCGGUACCGGAGCGCCAAGUCUAGGUCCAAAAGGCUUCUUUACAGCUUCUACCCCCAAGUCAUAAGACUCCUGAACAGCUAAUCAAAUGGCUACCCAGACUAUUUGCAUUGUACCCACCCCAUCCCCUCUUUUACGCUGCUGCUACUCUCUGUUUAUUAUCUAUGCAUAGUCACUUUAACUCUACCUACAUGUACAUAUUACCUCGACUAAUCUGUGCCCCUGCAGAUUGACUCUGUACCGGUACCCUCCGCAUUUAUUUUGAGCCUAUCUCUGGCCUUCACAGCUGGAUGGGGUCAUGCUGCAUGUCAGGCCGUAUCUCAUUAAGAGGGAAUGUUGUCCAGUGUCUACAUUCCUGCCAUUCCCCAUGUUUCUGCAAGGUUAUUUAACUCUGAGGGUUAAUCACAGUGACAUGUGAAAUUACAUUGGUUGGGACCAUGAUGGCAUUCACAACAAUGGUGGAAUCGGCUCUAUCAUGGGUAUAGCGAGCAUUAUAACAAAACAGUAGGCUAGCUACCUAUGAGGCAAAAUGUACACACCCACAUCUUAUUUAAUAGUGUUUUUAAGACUGUUCGCUGACUUAAACAUGGACAGAAGACUGAAGGACAUUUAGAUUUCAAUAUUGAAGACUGCAUACUAAUCUUUGACUUGUAGGCUAUUUGUCUCAAUUGAGGGCAGUGAGUGACUGUCAUGGUUGUAUCCUUCUGUGUAUAAUGCUCUCUCAGUAUAGGCUGUCCCAAGGGCAGCCUUUGUACAGUGCUUAGGCUCAUUCACUUGUUUACUAUACGCUCAUAUCUAGAACCUUAUCUAGAGUUUACUCAGUUGGGGUUGGAUAGCUUUUUAUGACUUAUCUUGCUCCUUCUCUCUCAAACACAAAAAGGGAAUUGGAUGUUGCUGUUUGUUCCCCCUUGCAGCGUUUGGUGUUAGAUUACUGUCCUACUUCUGUUGCUGGGUCAGGGUUUGACAUUGAGGUAAGGCACUAGGUUUUCCUGCAUGGGAGCUCUUUGUCCUUUCCCAAUGUAGCAGAAUAUGUUCUCAGCAUGAGACAGUGAAAUGAUAUGAUGCCAAAUAACACACCAUGUUACUGAUCAUAUUCCAGGUAUGGCUCUUGAACAUGUCAUCACUGUUCACACUUAGGUAUAUUAGGUGAAAGGGAAGUUCCACAACUUUGAUAUUGAAUAAUGUAGGCACUACUGACAACAAUAAAGGCCUAUGUUAAGUAUGCUUUUUUGGUAUUUCUGUUUCCACAUUAGAAAUGGACUUGGCUAUAGACCCGUUUCAUCUUUGAGAUGUCUAAAAUAUCAUUAGACUAUUUCUCAACACCAAAUUAAUCAUGAAAUAGACCUAUAUGUGCAUGAAUCGAGGUUUACUCAUCAUUUUUUAUGUUUGCUAUAUUUCUCUCUCACAAAGGCAGCAAAGGAUCUUCUGUCAAACAAAUCCAUAGCGUUUAGUCUGUCGUGUUAGUCAUUAGCUGGACGUGACAUGUUAAUCAUUAUACUUCAGAGGGAAGUCGGUGCCUCCACCACUUUCUCUGAGAGAACUGGUCCAACAGCAGACCACCACUCCUCUAUCAGGGCCAGGGUUUUCUAUUUAUCUGUAAACACUAUCACGUGUGCUAUGUCAACUCAUUCUUCCUUUUAACUCAUAGAAUCCCUUCACUGAACCAGUGUUCAGAGUCUGACCAGUACUACAGAAAAUAAAUUGAAAUAUUGUCUUAAAUGUUCUCAAUUGUAUCCCAUUGUUCUGUGCUCUGUUAGUAUUUGUUUUACCUGGCAUGGCCCAGUUUGGGAAGGAGAUUAGGAAUGCUUGGAGAAAGCAUAGCUUUCAUUAGCCUACACCUCUUAAGAAGGCCUCCCUACUGCUCUGCUAGGCUUUAUGGAAUGUAGGCUAGGUUUACUCCCAUGCAUGUUUCCUGACUGUUUUCCCACAGGAUCCUGUCUGGAUUUUUGUUUUUAGUACUCCAGUAAGGGUAGGGAAAUGAUUCACUGAACUUCACAUGAACCACAUAGAAUAAUGUCUGAUCACUGCCCAGCAGUGUACAUCGAAUUUCAGCUGAAUGCAUUCUAAAUAUAGACCCAUCAGCUAACUAUCUAUGAGAGUAAAAAGUGACCAGUUGUUUUCCUUUAACCUUUUACUGCCUAUGGAAGUAUGAUGUCCUCAGGGAAGGAUGUGUGUAGUGCUCACUAGAGCCUGAGCUUAUCGAUCAGAACUCUGACCCCCUGAAUGCUUUCCUUGUCCCAGCUGACCCUGAAACAUGGAGGUUCAGUGAUGACACUGAAUUUAACCAGGGAUUUCUGCCCUCUACUGGCUUCCUUUGUAGGUCUGGCUAAAUGUUUUAAGCUUCCAUUAUAUGAUGAUAAAAACUCAAGUGAAGAUGCAAAAAGAUUAAGAGCAUAGGCCUACUGCGAGUGACUGAAUAUGCAAAAAUGGCACACUGCAAGGGACUUCCACUUAACCUGCUCCAGCAUGGGUUGGAUGGGUUGUUGUUCUGGUCUUGGGAAGGUGAGAGUUCACCUGGGGCACAGUCUGUUGAGCUGCACUUUGCAUUACUGGGAUUAGCCUACCGCUCUGCUUAUUGACCAAAUCUAGCAGUGCUCUUAUUGUGCAAUGUCUCUGCAAUCACAGAGGCUGUUAUGGAAAGGGCUCUCCAGAACACUUUCCUUUGUGCAGAGUGGGCCUAAACUGCAAUUAGUUUACAGCCCAUUUACGUCAGCACUGGAUGAGCUGGAUCUAUUAUAGUUCCUGACCUCCAAAACUAGUCCAAAAGUUCAGUAAUAGUUUUAUCAAGUCAUGUUUGACCCCAUUUCCUGGCAAAUCAUGAUGUUGAAAAAGUUUUACCGCGUAGCUAAGCUUAAUAGACAAUUCCUCACAUUUGACCUUCAGUACAUUGGUUCUGCGUCAUGCGGCCAUAUAAUUGGAUUUUUAAUUGAACAGGAGGACCUACACUGAACAAAAAUAUAAAUGCAACAUGUAAAGUGUUGGUCCCAUGAGCUGAAAUAAAAGAUCUCAGAUAUUUUCCAUAUGCACAAAAGCUUAUUUCUCUCAUGGUUUGUGCACACAUUUGUUUACAUCCCUGUUAGUGAGCAUUUUUCCUUUGCCAAGAUAAUCCAUCGACCUGACAGGUGUGGCAUAUCAAGAAGCUGAUUUAAACAGCAUGAUCAUUACACAGGUGCGCCUUGUGCUGGGGACAAUAAAAGGCCACUCUAAAAUAUGUAGUUUUGUCACACAACACAAUGCCACAGACGUCUCAAGUUUUGAGGGUGCAUGCAAUUGGCAUGCUGACUGCAGGAAUGUCCACCAGAGCUAUUGCCAGAUAAUUUAAUGUUAAUUUUUCUACCAUAAGCCGCCUCCAAUGUAAUUUAACAGAAUUGAAAAUGAUGAUAGUGUGGGUUUGCACAACCGAAGAAUUUCUGCACAAACUGUCAGAAACCUUCUCAGGGAAGCUCAUCUGCGUGCUCCUCAGCAGGGUCUUGACCUGACUGCUGUUCGGCAUCGUAACCAACUUCAAUAAUAAUAAGACUUCAGUGGGCAAAUGCUCACCUUCGAUGGCCACUGGCACGCUGGAGAAGUGUGCUCUUCAUGGAGGAAUCCUGGUUUCAACUGUACUGGGCAGAUGGCGGACAGUGUGUAUGGUGUCGAAUGGGCGAGUGGUUUGCUGAUGUCAACGUUUUGAACAAAAUGCCCCGUUAUGGUAUGGACAGGCAUAAGCAACGAGCAAGGAACACAGUUGCAUUUUAUCGAUGGCAAUUUGAUUGCACAGAGAUACCGUGACGAGAUCCUGAGGCCCAUUGUCGUGCCAUUCAUCUGCCGCCAUCACCUCAUGUUUCAGCAUGAUAAUGUACGGCCCCAUGUCGCAAAGAUCUGUACACAAUUCCUGGAAGCUGAUAAUGUCCCAGUUCUUCCAUGGCCUGCAUACUCACCCGACAUGUCACCCAUUGAGCAUGUUUGGGAUACUAGUUCCCGCCAAUAUCCAGCAACUUCGCACAGCCGUUAAAGAGGAGUGGGACAACAUUCCACAGGCCACGAUCAACAGCCAGAUCAACUCUAUGCGAAGGAGAUGUCGCACCAGAUACUGACUGGUUUUCUGAUCCACGCCCCAUCUUUUUUUUUUAAGGUGUCUGUGACCAACGGAUGCAUAUCUAUAUUCUCAGUGAUAUGAAAUCUAUAGCUUAGGGCCUAAUGAAUUUAUUUAAAUUGACCGAUUCCCUUAUAUGAACUGUAACUCAGUAAAAUCUUUUAAAUUGUUUCAUUUUAUUUUUGUUCAGUGUAAUAUCUCUUUCUCUCAUUUUCAGUUGGUACAAACUGCUGGAUAAGAAUAGGAAGGAGGAUAAAGUCAAAGGGGAAGUGAUGUUGGACAUCCAGUUUAUGAGAAACAACUUGACAGCCAGCAUGUUUGACCUUUCCAUGCAAGACAAACCACGCUCCCGCAUCGGAAAGCUCAAGGACAAAGUGCGUGGGAAGAAAAAGGACAGCUUCUCUGACUCAUCCUCUGCAAUAGUGCCCUCUGUCAGCCAGGUACUGACUGACAGCGAGGGAGAGGCUGACUCCCACUCAGUGUACUCAGAGUUCCCUGAGGCCAAGAAGAAAUCCAAGCUCAAGACCCUCUUUGCCCCUAAAUCCAACUUGCAGCGCAACGUCUCCCAGUCCAUGUCUACACUGGGCACUCUUCCUGAGAAGAAUGCAUCCCUCAGUGGCAGUCGCUCUUCUGGCCUCAAUGUGGAUUCUCCUGAUGGUGAGCUCCUUUCAUUCAGCUUAAACAUUUUGACUUCUGUCUGCAUACCUUUUUUUAUAUUUCAGUAAUGAUGAUUGGAAUAUGCAAUAACCUCCUUCACGAUCUCUUUCUAUCUACAGUUAAAAAGAAGUUCAAGUUCCUGGGCCACAAGCGGACAGGCAGCAAUGACAGCAAGGUGUCUACAGGACCUUUUUCUCUUCUGGGCAGAUCCAAGCAGAAGGACGAUCCGAACAGCACGUGCAUCAACGGCAACCAUGUGUAUGCAGAGGAGGUAGAGCCCAAGUCUGGGUCCACCCUCAGCCUCAACAGCUCUGGUCAGGGCUCAGUGGAGGAUGUACGCAGCCGCAGGCAACCAUCUGAUGUCUCUGUAGACUCCCUCAAGGGCCUCUCUGUCCCCACCUACAGAAAGGAGUCUGCGGAUAGGGCUCUGCUGGAGCAACGGAGCCUUCAGGAGGAGGAGGAGGAGAAGAGACAGGCCGAAGAGAAGAGAUGGAAUGAGGAGAAACACAGAGCGCAGCUCAAGAUACUUCAGGAGGAGGAGGAAUGCAAGCAACAGGAGGAGCAGGAGAGGAGGAGAAGGUUCCAGGAGGAUGAGGCAAGGAGGAAUAAGCAGCGGGAAGAGGAGCUGAAGUGCCUAGAGGAAGAAAGGAGGCGGCUGGAGGCGGAGGAGCUUCAGAGGCUGGGGGAGGACCAGCGGCAGCAGGAGGAGACCAAGAGAGCAGAGGAGCAGAAACAACAGGAGGAGGCCUCUGUGGCUGAGAGGCUGUCCUCUCUGUUUGGUAUGAUCAUGAAGAAGGAGGAGAAAAAGGAAGAGCAGCAGCAGACUAGCGCCAAGGAGGAGAGGCCCAACCCAGCUCCCAGACGCUUCACCAGAGAUUUGGCGGUCCCUCCACACGCCACCAACCAAUUUGAGGAGAUCCCCCUCAGUCCAGACCCUCCAAACCUGUUUGAGCAGAGCCCGGUGGACUCCCAGAAGGAUGUCUGCAGCCCCAACACCACGAGCGCUGCUGUCUUCCUCAACUCCAACCGCACUGCCAAGGUGUCUGCAGUCAAGCCUAGGUAGGUGUCGGUCUUGUUCUAAUGCACUUACAGCUCUAUUCUAACUUGAGAUCUGCAUAGUUAAGUCCAAACUUCGUGUGAAUCUCCCAUCAAUGCAUGGUUUUAAUAAUGCAGGUCUCAAGUUAGGAUGUGUCCUUCUCUCUGCUGUAAGCUUUGUCAGCCUACUAAUGUAAUGUAGGCCUACCUGAUGUUCUGACAAAAGUUACAUGUACAAUGGUAAUUGGAGCUACUAUAUACCCAAUGUACUUCACUGCUGAUCAGGUAACACUAACCAAUACACAUUUUCUGUCUCAGAAUGUUGCUAAUGGGUGCUAGAUGGUUUUCAUGUUAUUUCCAGUUAACUAUUUUGAAAUAUUUUUCUUUGAUAGCAGAUGCAACAGAUCAUGUUGGCUGCCUUGGCAGCCUUUCAUCUAACCAUAUACAUCUAGCUCUCCAAUUUCAAAAAGCUCACUACUGUCACUGGUGAACUAGUGUCUCUGACCUCAUUCUUAGAACUCUCCUAAAAUCCAUAUAUAUUUUCACUCAAAUUGCUGUAUGUUGUCCAGAUUGAAUAGCUGUGGUGAGUUUUCCUUGGUUGCUAUCCAACUGUAGUUUAAAUGGUUUUAUUAUUCUCCGUUGCAUAUGGUUGUUUGGGGAUUAAUGAUCAGAUGGUGGUAUGGUUUAGGAUGAACUAAUCUGUACACCAGAUCAUGUCUCCAUGUCAGCACUGGCUGCAAUUAGCCUAGUGUUCUGAGUUUCAUCUUUGUUCCUCUUGAUUGUCUUAAAGAUAGAAUCCGCAGUAGGGGAAUGGUGCCACUGUCUGCCUUACUGCCGUAGUUUUGGUUACUGUCUGCCUUACUGCCGUAGUUUUGGUUACUGUCUGCCUUACUGCCGUAGUUUUGGUUACUGUCUGCCUUACUGCCGUAGUUUUGGUUUUGUUGACGAAGCAGCGGUGAGGAGCGUCGCCCAAGGUAGUAAAAUAAAAAUGCUGUACAUAUUCUGCUGUUCUAUCGUGCAUGCAAUGAUGUCCGGGGGGGGGGGGGGGGGGUUUGCAGUAACUUGUUUGUUGUAAUAUUGCAAAUGGACGUUGCAGUUUCACCAUUAAUGAUUCCAGCUUUAAGGCUCUUAAAAGCCUUGACAAACAUGAUCGUGGAUCAUCUGGCAUGUGAUGGGCCUGUUUGGCUGCUUUGCUGAUUGGUCUGCAGUGUGGAAUCUAGGUGUGUCUGAGUCUGGGUGGUAUGGUGCAGAACAGGUUGGGAGGGAUGAAGUGAGCUAACACUGGGGUGACUAAGUACAUUGGGACAGUCUGCAGGAGCAAACAAGGCUUUGUUUUUUCACUCAUCUAUUUCUGGAUUUAUUUUAAUCAUGCUUUCCUAAUGGUGAGUUGUCCACUCAAUAUAGUCAAAUUCCCUUUUAAAGGAGGAAAUACUUUUUUAGUUUUGCUAUAGCCUAAUCUUAUUUUGCCACUGAAAUUCAGACGUUCUAAAUCUAGAUUUGUUUAGUAGCCUAUGUUUGAGCCUUUUUGCAAGAAUGAUGAUAUAGCCCAUCCUAAAGUAUUUGAAUGUGUUUUUAUAACCACCCUUUUAUGUGUUUUUAAAAGAAAGGCAAUUGUGGGCAUUCCCAUAUUUCCAAAUUAUGUUUAAUUCCAUCAAGACCUUAUCAGGUGUGAUGAUGUGCUACAAGAAAAUAACGUCAGGUGUUUUUGCGUGUUUGGGGUAGAGCGGGUUACAGAUGGGACUGGACGUAGGGCUGGGCAAUAUGGCCAAAAUAUAAUAUUGCGGUAUAAAAAUAAAAAAAUAGACGGUAUUUGACAGUAUUUUAUGUUUUUGAAUAAUAAAAGUUCAAAAUUUGCUUUGAGUAGUGUGUGACCCUAGGGUGGCAACACAUACAUACAUACAUUCUAAGUGAUUUCAAUGGGUCUUUCUCCAUUUUGAUUGUUUUAUACUGUUCAAAUCGAUAUGGGCAAACUAUCUAGGCCAUAUUUCUAACCAAAUGUUGCAAAUGCAAUUUGACUUGUGAAUUAUUAUUUUUUUAUUAUUUUUUUUCCACCUUUAUUUAACCAGGUAAACCAGUUGAGAACAAGUUCUCAUUUACAACUGCGACCUGGCCAAGAUAAAGCAAAGCAGUGCGAAAAAAACAACAACACAGAGUUACAUAUGGGGUAAAACAAAACAAAGUCAAAAAUACAACAGAAAUAAAUAUAUAUACAGUGUGUGCAAAUGUAGCAAGUUAUGGAGGUAAGGCAAUAAAUAGGCUAUAGUGCAAAAUAAUUACAAUUAGUAUUAACACUGGAAUGAUAGAUGUGCAAGAGAUGAUGUGCAAAUAGAGAUACUGGGGUACAAAUGAGCCAAAUAAAUAACAAUAUAGGGAUGAGGUAGUUGGGCGGGCUAAUUUCAGAUGGGCUGUGUACAGGUGCAGUGAUCGGUAAGGUGCUCUGACAACUGAUGCUUAAAGUUAGUGAGGGAGAGAAGUGUCUCCAGCUUCAGAGAUUUUUGCAAUUUGUUCCAGUCAUUGGCAGCAGAGAACUGGAAGGAAUGGCGGCCAAAGGAGGUGUUGGCUUUGGGGAUGACCAGUGAGAUAUACCUGCUGGAGCGCAUACUACGGGUGGGUGUUGCUAUGGUGACCAAUGAGCUAAGAUAAGGCGGGGAUUUGCCUAGCAGUGAUUUAUAGAUGGCCUGGAGCCAGUGGGUUUGGCGACGAAUAUGUAGUGAGGACCAGCCAACAAGAGCGUACAGGUCACAGUGGUGGGUAGUAUAUGGGGCUUUGGAGACAAAACGGAUGGCACUGUGAUAGACUACAUCCAAUUUGCUGAGUAGCGUGUUGGAGGCUAUUUUGUAAAUGACAUUGCCGAAGUCAAGGAUCGGUAGGAUAGUCAGUUUUACGAGGGCAUGUUUGGCAGCAUGAGUGAAGGAGGCUUUGUUUGCGAAAUAGGAAACCGAUUCUAGAUUUAACUUUGGAUUGGAGAUUCUUAAUGUGAGUCUGGAAGGAGAGUUUACAGUCUAACCAGACACCUAGAUAUUUGUAGUUGUCCACAUACUCUAGGUCAGACCCGUCAAGAGUAGUGAUUCUAGUCGGGUGGGCGGGUGCAAGCAGCGUUCGGUUGAAGAGCAUGCAUUUAGUUUUACUAGUGUUUAAGAGAAGUUGGAGGCUACGGAAGGAGUGUUGUAUGGCAUUGAAGCUCGUUUGGAGGUUUGUUAACACAGUGUCCAAUGAAGGGCCAGAUGUAUACAAAAUGGUGUCGUCUGCGUAGAGGUGGAUCUGAGAGUCACCAGCAGCAAGAGCGACGUCAUUGAUAUACACAGAGAAAAGAGUCGGCCCAAGAAGUCUCUCUCCAUAGAGACUGCCAUAGGUCCAGACAACAGGCCCUCCGAUUUGACACAUUGAACUCUAUCUGAGAAGUAGUUGGUGAACCAGGCGAGGCAGUCAUUUGAGAAACCAAGGCUAUUUAGUCUGCCAAUAAGAAUGCAGUGGUUGACAGAGUCGAAAGCCUUGGCCAGGUCAAUGAAAACGGCUGCACAGUACUGUCUAUUAUCGAUCGCUGUUAUAAUAUCGUUUAGGACCUUGAGCGUGGCUGAAGUGCACCCAUGACCAGCUCGGAAACCGGAUUGCAUAGCGGAGAAGGUACGGUGGGAUUCGAAAUGGUCGGUGAUCUGUUUGUUAACUUGGCUUUCAAAAACUUUUGAAAGGCAGGGCAGGAUGGAUAUGGGUCUGUAACAGUUUGGAUCUAGAGUGUCACCCCCUUUGAAGAGGGGGAUGACCGCGGCAGCUUUCCAAUCUCUGGGGAUCUCAGACGUUACGAAAGAGAGGUUGAACAGGCUAGUAAUAGGGGUUGCGACAAUUUCGGCGGCUAGUUUUAGAAAGAAAGGGUCCAGAUUGUCUAGCCCAGAUGAUUUGUAGGGGUCCAGAUUUUGCAGCUCUUUCAGAACAUCAGCUGUCUGGAUUUGUGUGAAGGAGAAGCAGGGGGCAAAACACUUGGGUGAACUGUUGGAAUCAUGGAAAUUGAAGGAUUAUUCAAAUUCUAUAGUUAGAGUAUAAUAGUGGGCACUUUGAAUACAGUUUGACAUGACGACAUAUGAAAAUGCCAGGCAGGAGUGUUUGACAGGGUAGGAACCGAAGUGUUGACAAGUGUUUCCUAGGGGACCCUAUAAUCUUUGGCUGCAUUGAAUGUUUUCUCUUAGCUACUUCAUGUAGCUAACAAAUUCUUUGAAGAUAAUGUUGCACAAAAAUCAUGCAGAUAUAGGUGUACACCAUAACUGGUAUUAUCAGGCUGUAUAGCUAGUUACGUUUGCUCUGACUCAGUACAUUUAAUAGCUAGCUAGCGAUUAGCAUUAAUGGCCAACAAUAUUUAGGCUCAACUUACUAAGAAAAGACAAACUAGCUGUUUGCAGAUGUAAGAAACACAAACUAAUAGUGUAAUUAUAGAACGCUAGUGGAUUUAUAUUAAGAAGUAAAAUGAAAACAUCAUCGUGGUCAUCAACUUUGUUGCAUGUGCUGCAUUGACCAUGCAGAGACUGAAUGUAUGCACUAACUGUAAGUCGCUCUGGAUAAGAGCGUCUGCUAAAUGACUAAAAUGUAAAUGAACGCAAGUGUCUCAUGUUCGGGGAACAACAAAUGCGCUCCUUGAGUGACAGGGAACAGGGCUAGGUCUGUGUGGAAAGCUGCAUGGAGAAAGAGGGCGGAGAGAGAUGACUCAAGUAGCAAAGUAUACUAUAAAAAUGGACGUUACAUAUGGCGUAUCACAUUUAACAAACCAAACAUUCAAAUACUGUUAUAGAAGGUAAACUAAAAACCCAAACCGGUCCGUGCAUCAAUACCGGUAUAUCGUAAAAUACGGAAUACCGCCCAGCCCUAACCAGAUGGCAUAUAUUUUUCUCAUUACUGCACUGUUCUUUAAUUUUGAAACAAACGUUUGAAAUAUCAGACAGAAAAUGCUCUGGGUUCACAAAAUUAUCAUCAUUAGGGGUCCAAAUUAUGAACAAAGAAUAGAAAAGAGCAGAGACCGAUUCUUGAGCAGACUGGAAAGAACACUAGUUUCUGACAUUUUCUUGUAAGCAUUCGGGGUGCAUCAUCACACGUGAAGAUAAGAUCUUGAUGGAAUGAAUGCCACUGCAAGAGGAGGCAAACUCCUCUAAGUUGUUGGUUAUUUCAGCUGUCAUGGGCAGGCUCAUAGUUCUUGUGUGACUGUCCGCCACUGACCUCCAGGUUUUCACUCCUUGGCAGAUUAGUGGCGUCUCUGAAGCAGCCUGAAACACCUGACUCAGACUCCCAUAGGCAGCAAUCUCCGUCCCUUUCCUGCGCUGAAUCCAUUCUCGCGUCCCCUCUGAUUCUCCUGACAUGUUCUCCAACCUCCACUCCUCCCUUGCUCCCGCUAAGACGCGGAGGAGCACCUCCAAGUCCCCCUAUAGCAGCCCUGAGAACCUGGCUGCCAUAGGACCUUCCCCCAAUGGAUCUGACAAGAAGCGGCAAGCUCCUCUGUCCCCCAGCCCAAUGGAACCACAAAGCCAUGGAAAACCCAAUGCAGGCUCCAGAAGUGUUUCUGCUAAAUCUGCUGUUGCAAGUGGCUAUCCUGUUAAGGAGGUUGAGGGCAAAAUACCUCCUCUACCUCUUCCUGACUACGAUAGCCUGUUCCCACAGAAGAGACAUGGAGUACUAGGACAGACUCGAUGGGACCAUAUAAUUGCAGAGGUGAAUCAGAGACAGCAGGAAUAUGUGCCUCAGCUCAUUGGUAAAGAGAUGAGUGUGGAUGGCCCAGACCUCGACUCACCAGUACCUCCACGCAAUGACAAAUAUUCCUACGUGCAGGAGAGGGCAGCAGAACCCGUACACCAGCAACAGACACAAGUUCAGGAAGUUCAAUCUACCUCUUUGAGGAGAGUGGGGCCCAACAGUUUUCCAGCACUCACUCCCCCUUCCAAACCAGUAGCUGCAGCCACCCCUAGACUAUUGAUGGACUCUAACACAAACCAAGGCCAGAGCACUAUACAGGCUAAUCCAUCUGAGUGGCCCAAUGCCUUCGUCUCCAAAGUCUUGGUCUCUACAAAACCUGUGGUUCAGAGCAGAGACAUACCCUCCGUGACACCUCUGGAGGAUGCAAGGAAGGUAAUCAACACAUCUGUUGCUACAGCCAGUGAUGGCAAACCUGUUCUCUCAACAGAAAAGCCUAGACCUACAUCACAAGCAGUUUCGGUGUCAAGUUCUACAGAUGAACCUAAAGGACUGCCAAACACUCCCAAAGAGAUCCCCACAGUCAAACCCAGACAAAGGUUAGUCCGCAAAGAGCCAGUGAGACCUGCAGAUCAUGAGCAGAUGUCAGCAGAGUCUACCACUGUAGAGAAGGAGAACAGAUCGGAGAGGAGAGCCUCAACCCUGGACAUCAUGGAACUGAGAAGGAGUAGUCCAGUGACUGAAAAGAACACUGAGGUGACUUCUGACAAUGAAAAGCAACUCUCGUUUGACUCUGCAGAAAACGACAUUGAGAAAAAAACACAGUUGGAACGCAUUAUGAAAGCGAAGUUUGCUGAACCUGACCCCUUCCCCAUUGCUGAUAUCCUGCCUAAAGACCAAUGGGCCCAACCAGAGCAAAGCGGAGAUUACUUGUUCACUAGAGGACCACAGAAAAACCGCAAGCUUAAAGAACAGGCAAUGACAACCAAUGACUUGGAUAAACUUUUCGCGCCAAACAAUCCAACAGAUCCCUUUGCCAGUUUUAAUGACUGUGACUCAGACGAACCUCCCGAGCAGGAAAAAACAGAAGAACAGAGUCCUGCUUUUCAAAGGGGAUUUUCCCAAAUUAAAAAGAAACGAGGAGCACCUCAGCCUCCAGCUAAUUCAAGUAAUAAAGCAGCGAUUGGAAAAAUUGAGCUGGAUAAAGAAGACCCUUCACCCAGAGAAGACAAGCUGAUCAGCUCAGCCACUACAACAGGAUGUGUAAAACUGCCGCCUCAAACUCAAAAUACUAGACAGAGUAAACUCUAUGGCAGAGAAGGGGUGGAAACUCAAGACAAGUGGGCAGCAGACCCUUUUACUUCCUCCUCCCCUGUACCUUCUGUCCUGACUUCUCCUAAGCCCCCCCAGUCCAUAGUGGGAGAGCCCACCCCACAGACAGGGGGAAAGACCCUGCUACGGGCCUUGGUCGCACCCUCUGAGGUGCAGCCACUCACUGUGCUGAGUAGCAAUGGUGGUGAGCCAGCCUCAACUCCACUCAGGUGAGCCUGAACCCCUCUAUAGAUAUAACCAGCCGUUCAAUUAUUGUAUGCAUAAACAUGAGGGAUUUUCUUCUCACCAGUCAAUUGGCUCAUGUCUAACAGGCAAACAAACACUAUAUAGCCUCAACUAUAAUUUUGACGAUAUGGAUGGUCAGUCCUUUCAUCUCUGUCUAUGAAUUUGAGUGUGGUUACAUUUCUCCAGCCCCACCCCUCACCUUUUAUUGUUUCAAUUAAGGACUCUAGCUUUAUGCUUAGUCUCUCACUUUUUGGUAUUUGGUGAGAUUUUGAGUUUCAGCCUUGGUAGUCAGUAUUAAUCAAGCAAAUUGCUCAGGGAAUAUUUUGAAAUAGCGUGGUAACUCUGAUCAAAGUGGUUGUUUUGUAUUAGUGGUUUUGGUAUGAAACAGAGAUAUGCUGUUGCGUUUCUCUGUUUUGUUCAACUUAGGAAAAGUGUUUUUUUCUCUGUGCAGCCUUUCUGAUUCAUAAAUGCUGUGCAUAUCUCACAUGGGGAGGAUUUGUGGUUGUUUUCUAUACCUGCAGCCUAACUGAAAUGGACCUCUGUUAAUUCAAUUUCCAACUAAUCAAUUUUGACUUCUGUGACAAACUGUUAUGCUCCUCAGUUUGAGUGUUUUUUGUUGUUGUAAUCUUGCUCUAUUUCCAGGCCUCACCCAGUGAAGCCCAUGAGCUCCAUAGAGAGCCAAGCUCCCAUCAGUACCCGGGUAGUGGGAGAGAUGUUGACUUAUGACCGCACCCUGGGGAAGAUGAAGGUACUGCAUGUUGAUAUGUUUAAUAAUAAUAAAACCAAUACCUUUUUUAUUUAGCUAUUAAAACCAAAAAGUGAUAGAAUGCUGAUGUCUGAUGUGACACCGUUUUGUACCAUCCUCAGGCACCAGGCAUGGUGGAGAGUGGGCCCUACACCCAGCUGACCCAGGAGGAGUUGAUUACCCUGGUGGUGAAGCAGCAGACGGAGCUCUCCAAGAAAGACUCCAAGAUCGUUGAGCUGGAGGAGUACAUAGACAACCUGCUGGUGCGUGUCAUCGAGGAGAAGCCCAGCAUCCUGCUGGGCCUCAACUCUGUCAAGCAGGCCCUGUAAUGUAUGAGGAGUGGACCAGGGAACUGUAAGAUGGAGGGAGAUAUUUAGGCUUCCACUCCAACAUCCCUUUUAGUUUGUGUGUGUGGUUUUCUAUUACUGUCACUGUGUAUUGGAUCAAGCAAUCUCUAUGAAGGUCUUAUUUCCUUUGAGCAUAUGCACUUUCUUUAGUCUCCAUGAGGAUUUGGACUAAGACUAAAUCUCAAGGUUUCUUUUCAGAAUGCUGGAAUGUAUGCUGAAUUGUUUAUGUUUUUUUCUAGAUCUAUCACUCCAGGCUACAUGUGAAUCUCACCAUUAAAUUAUUUGACAAGCUUUUGAAAAUGAAUGGCUUGUUGUAACACUAUGGUACUGGAAUUCCAUUUUAUACAAAUGUACUGUAUGCGCACAUUUCUUGUCAUUGCUUUGGUAAUUUUAUGCUGUAUAAAACCUAAUUGGCCCUCAUUAGGCAAAAUGGAACUGGAAGCCCUAGGUAUGUUGAUGUCCAUGUCACUGAUGAAAUUUCUCUGGCCAGGCCUUUGCAGAAGGGAUUCCAUGUUGCUUACAAUUUAGUGGACAUUAAUUAGGCCAUCUAGCUAGUUAUACUUUGGUAUCUGCUCAUCCCAAAGCCUUAACACAUCACUUCAACAAUAAUAAUAUGCUGGUUAGUGUUUAUUUUGUUGCAUUCUUAAACCUUGAACUUCCAUUGUUUUUCUAGGGGUUUUGUUUGAUCCUUUUCUUUAAAUGAUCAUGACGUGCCUUGGUGCUGCCGCUAUACUUCUUGGUGUGUUCAAUCAAACACAAUCGUUAAUCUAAUACCAAAUCAGAUUAUUGCGGGGCAUGGUACAAGUACAUUAACCUCUAUCUGAAAGUCAAUGUUGCCUCGUAGUGACAUUUCAGAUACACAACGGUCUUACCUUAGUUAGCCUAGUUUGUUGAAGCAUUAUUGAACCUGUGUCAUUUAGGCUAGUUCACACAGGGUUUGAUUGGAAAUGCAUAUCUGUCAACAUUCCUAAUUUUAGUUACCUUUUUCCUUACUUUAGUUAUUUAUGCUUCCAUCUCCCUUUGUUAAAUGUUUAAAAUGUGUCUAAAGGAGGAAACCAUUAUUUAUGAAAGCAACGAUGGAUAGAGAACCAGCUAUUUAUUCCAUGUUUGAGGCAAUAAUGUGGAUUUGGUCAUGCUAACAAUGGAUAGGGAGAGACCUGAUGUUCACUGUUUUCUUUCUUCUAUGUUUUAAUUAUCUACCCACUUGACUGUGCAGAGCACAACCUUUUUCGAUUUAUGCAAAAUAAUGUAAGUGCACAAACCAUGUCAAAUAUUUUAUGCAAGAGUAAUGACUAAGUUCAAAUCGAUACACUUUAAGAAAGAUCUUCCAAUAUAAUUAACAUUUAGGCAUUAUGAAUGUGGUUGUGUUUCAAAAUGAACCUUGUCCUUGUUAGAUUGAAUGCCUUUUUAUUAAGCAGUAGGCUUUGACUAGCCUUACAACUUGUGUAAAUCUCUACGUCUCUGAAUGUAAUCUACUCAAUGUAUCUUCGGCAACUAUGCCUUUGUGAAAUGUCAGCAAUAAGAAACUAUAUAAAUCAUAAACAUUUCUGAUUGUGCCUUCAAGGACUUUACUCAUAAGACAUUGUGAUUACUGUAAAUCUGUUUUCCUUAAGAUGGUUGCACCUUUUUAUGUUUACUGGUGUGAAAUUCAGUGUAUGUGAACACAAUAGUUGAUAUUUUCAAUUGAAAUAAAGUACAGUAAAUCAUGAAAUGUUUUGUGUACGCUAUUAGAGGAAGCUUGAAGACUUAUAAUAGAAAAGUAUUAACGUAUAAUACUAGAUGUAGGCCUAUGAGCCACCUAGAAAUUGUG